AUGGUUCCAAGAACGCUUACCGCCUCUCUCGGGCGUGCUCUCCGUAGCUCGGCGCGGACAGCCGUCCUCGAGUUAUCUUGCGCUGACACUCUGCAGCGAUCGCUGCGUUCGUUCGCGACGGCGGUCAAUGUCCCCAGUCCCCUUACCGAGAGCACCACGCUCUCUAAUGGCUUGACUGUCGCGACGGAGUCGAGUCCACAUGCGCAGACCGCAACCGUUGGCGUCUGGAUAGAUGCUGGCUCGCGGGCGGAGACGGACAGGACGAAUGGCACGGCACACUUCCUCGAACACAUGGCUUUCAAGGGCACAAACCGCCGAACCCAGCAUGCGCUCGAGCUGGAGGUGGAGAACCUCGGCGCGCACCUCAACGCGUACACCUCGCGCGAGCAGACGGUGUACUACGCGAAGAGCUUCCGCAAGGACGUGCCCGCCGCGGUGGACAUCAUCAGCGACAUCCUCCAGAACUCGAAGCUCGAGAACUCGGCCAUCGAGCGGGAGCGCGAUGUCAUUCUCCGGGAGCAGCAGGAGGUGGACAAGCAGCUGGAGGAGGUCGUCUUCGACCACCUGCACUCCGUUGCCUUCGCAGGUCAACCACUCGGACGUACAAUCCUCGGUCCCAAGGCCAACAUCCUGUCGAUUAGCCGUGACGACCUGGCGUCGUACAUUAAGACCAACUACACCGCUGACCGCAUGGUGCUCGUGGGCACCGGUGGUGUCGACCACCAGGAGCUCGUCAAGCUCGCCGAGAAGCACUUCUCUUCCCUCCCCGUUUCCCAGAACCCCAUCCCCCUCGGCGGCCUCGCCCACCCGAAGACGAAGUUCGUCGGACAGGAGGGUGUCGGCUGGAGCUCGCCAGACUACUUCCCCAUGCUCGUGAUGCAGUCUAUUAUGGGCAACUGGGACAGGUCACUCGGCGCGGCGGGUCUCAUGUCCUCGCGCUUGUCGCACAUCAUCUCAGGCAACAACCUCGCGAACAGCUUCAUGUCCUUCUCGACAUCGUACUCCGACACCGGUCUCUGGGGUAUCUACCUUGUGACCGAGAACAACAUGAACCUGGACGACCUGGUGCACUUCACCCUUAAGGAGUGGACCCGCAUGUCCAUUGGCCCGACGGAUAUUGAGGUCGAGCGCGCAAAGAGCCAGCUCAAGGCGAGUCUGCUUCUCAGCUUGGACGGCACAACCGCAGUCGCGGAGGAUAUCGGCAGGCAGCUAGUCACCAGCGGUCGCCGUAUGACGCCCAAGCAGCUCGAGCAGGCCGUUGAUGCUGUCACGCCUGCGGAGAUUAAGCGGGUAGCGCAGAAGUACCUCUGGGACCAGGAUAUUUCUCUUGCUGCUGUUGGCCCGAUCGAGGGUCUUUUGGACUACAACCGUAUCCGUGCGGACAUGUCGUCGCUGCUGUACUAG